CGGCCCUUGCGGAGGUAGCGGCCGUGUGAAAAGCGUGUGGAGGAAUAAAUCUGAAUUGCCCAGUGGAAUAAGUAACCAGAGCUAGAAACGCUCUGGGCGAGUGCCUGACCCGCUCCAUUCGCAAAGGACUAACUGUUCUCUGCCAGUUGCACACCCCUGUAUACUCCGCAGCCCUGUUUUCAGCCAAUUUCUUCUAUAAUUCAUUCUCAGUGUCGACAGAAUUGCAGCAAAACCGCAUACUGUUUAACAGGACGGUGCAAUUGCUGCUAGAUUAUUGCCAGUGACAUUUUGAUGCUUGCUUAAGAAGAAAGCUUUUCCCAUCUUGCAAAGAACUCGAAAAAGAUCCCAUUUAAAUAGUUGUUUGCCCUACCAUCUUCAAUGCUGGACCGAUACAUUUUCCUGGGCCAGCAGAACCAGACGGCCCAUAAAUAUAUAUACAAUAUUGCUUUCUGGUUUCAUUCCCUUUUGUAUAUUUCAAAUAUUUACGGACUUACUAUCUAGCUAUCUUAAAAUUUGAUUAUUUGGGACUAAGAAAAGAAUUUUGUCUGUCCUUUUUCCCCUUUUUUUUAAUUUUAAUUUUUCUGUGUAGCCGGGGACACUUUAGCAGAGGUGCCAGACCUGCAGUCAGGUGUUCUCAUAUCGUGUGAAACACGCAGCACCAAGAGUUGCAAACCUGUCAUCAUACCUGUCAUCUGCUUCUGUUUCAUAUAUGGUUACAGAUAAAUUAGAAUUUAGGGAAGAAAUUCCCAGGAGAUCUGUGCCAGGUGGCACUGGUUCCAAAGUAUUAAAUUAUCUCCACUGCAUUUCCUACUUUGGCGCAAGUAGAUGUCAGUUGGGAUUAAAUAAUUUGAAAUUAUGUGUCUUGCAUUAUCCUUUUGUCUUCUGGUAUCUCCAUAGUUUGGAAAUCUGGUAUACUUGUCCCUUUUCCUGGUCCUGGAUGUGCAUCCAUCCCUGUCCCUGGUUUGCUGUCCUUUGGGAUGUUUGGUAUGCUUGCCAGACCCUCUGCUAGGCUGGCUCAGCUCUCUGGUUCAGCAGAAGACUGAUCAGCUUCUUGAUGGGUUGGUUACUGCCUUAAUUGUGGUGAUUCCCAGCGAGGUUUUCCAGACCUUUAGAUUUAGUGCAAAGUUAAGUAGCAGGAAAGUGGAACCAGGGAAGUGCAGUAGGCAUAGGAAAAUAAACACAUGGAGUUGUCCUCUACAGUUGUCUGUAGUGUCAUUGAGAAAAUAACUGGGUAUUUCAACAAUGUAUUUUAUCUAAUUUUAAAUAAUUGAAAAUGCUGUCUUUUAACACUCAAAAUAAUUUUUGGAAUCAAUAUUAUCACGUAUUGAAAUGUUAUUAUCUUCUCAUCUUUCAGGCUGAAGGUGGCCCAUUCUGAGAUUAAUUUAAUAAUCAUUUGCUUAGAAAACUUCCCGCAUUGUUCAUGGAGUUUUUCAUCAGUAUGUCUGAAACCAUUAAAUAUAAUGACGACGAUCACAAAACUGUGUUCCUGAAAACAUUGAAUGAACAACGUUUGGAAGGAGAGUUUUGUGACAUUGCUAUUGUGGUUGAAGAUGUUAAGUUCAGAGCCCAUAGGUGCGUGCUUGCUGCCUGCAGUACCUACUUCAAAAAGCUUUUCAAAAAACUUGAAGUUGAUAGUUCAUCAGUAAUAGAAAUAGAUUUUCUUCGUUCUGAUAUUUUUGAGGAAGUUCUCAAUUACAUGUAUACUGCAAAGAUUUCUGUUAAAAAAGAGGAUGUAAACUUGAUGAUGUCUUCAGGCCAGAUCCUUGGUAUUCGGUUUCUUGAUAAACUCUGCUCUCAAAAACGUGAUGUAUCUAGUCCUGAGGAAAACACACAGUCCAAGAGCAAGUACUGUCUAAAAAUGAACCGUUCUAUUGGGGAACCCAAUGAUACCCAAGAUGAUGAGGUGGAAGAGAUUGGAGAUCAUGAUGACAGUCCAUCAGAUGUGACAGUAGAAGGCACUCCCCCAAGUCAGGAAGAUGGUAAAUCACCAACCACUACUCUGAGAGUGCAAGAGGCAAUUCUGAAAGAAUUGGGAAGUGAAGAAGUUAGAAAAGUCAACUGCUAUGGCCAAGAAGUAGAACCUAUGGAAACAACGGAAUCUAAAGACUUAGGAUCUCAGACCCCUCAGGCACUCACAUUUAAUGAUGGCAUAAGUGAAGUGAAAGAUGAACAGACACCAGGAUGGACCACAGCAGCCGGGGAUAUGAAGUUUGAGUACUUGCUUUACGGUCACAGGGAACACAUUGUAUGUCAGGCUUGUGGCAAGACCUUUUCCGAUGAAGCGCGUUUGAGAAAACAUGAAAAACUACACACUGCAGACAGACCAUUUGUUUGUGAAAUGUGUACGAAGGGCUUCACCACGCAGGCUCAUUUGAAAGAACACUUGAAAAUACACACGGGUUACAAGCCUUACAGUUGUGAAGUGUGUGGGAAGUCUUUUAUUCGUGCACCAGAUCUAAAAAAGCAUGAAAGAGUUCACAGUAAUGAGAGGCCAUUUGCAUGCCAUAUGUGUGAUAAAGCUUUCAAACACAAGUCCCACCUCAAAGACCACGAAAGAAGGCACCGAGGAGAGAAACCUUUUGUCUGCAGUUCCUGCACUAAAGCAUUUGCUAAGGCAUCUGACCUAAAAAGGCACGAGAAUAAUAUGCACAGUGAAAGAAAGCAAGUUACAGCAGCCAAUUCCAUCCAGAGUGAAACAGAACAGUUGCAGGCAGCAGCCAUGGCUGCUGAAGCAGAGCAACAAUUAGAAACUAUAGCCUGUAGUUAAAAACUAAAGUAGGAACUUUAUCAGAAAUAAUAUAAGAAAUUAAAUGGAGCAAAAUCUGUUGUUGAUAUACAUUUAGACCGAGAAUCUUUUCAAGAAAGCAUAUUUUUAGAGGAUUUGAAUGUUACAUAGGAAUACAUAGCAUCGCUUGGUUAGGUAUGUUAAAACAUUUCAGAGAUGGGUGUUCUCAGAAUGUGAAACAGUUUUGUUGUCACUAGCAGUAUAAUGCACUAAUAACUGCUUUAAUUUGAGAAUGUGAUCAAGUUCUCUGUAGCAGGGAUCAUCACUGGCUGAUAAUUUCCUUUAUCCAGUGUGGAAUACUGAAUAUGAUGUAAACAUUGCAAUCAGUGAGAAUCAGUGACUUAUGCUUGAAAAUGCUGAGAUCUCAAAAAUCACAAACAUGGAAAGAAAUUAUUUGGUUUUCAUAACUCUUAGGCGUUGUACCUACAAUUUUUAUGAGAAGCAUACACUGAAUCCCUAAGCUUUUUAAUUCUGCCUUUUUUCACCUAAUGUAGGAUGGUACAACAGAGUGUAAAGGAGGAUGGUAAUCACAAUGAAAUUGCUUCUUAUUCCAUUCCCUCAGAUAUCCUCCUAUUUUUAUAAAGGUGGCAAGUUUUAAUGAAUUACUUGCAUUCUUGAAAAAACUGCAUUAUUCACGGGGAUUCUGGCUGGCAAAGCAGAAGUGUCAUGGCAUUCACCAGUCCCUUCUGUGGGCAAAAAUGUCUGCCUCAUUUGUUUUUAUGUUCACUUUUAUACAGGGCCCCAGAGGUGGGACUGGGCCACAAAGGAAAAAGGGUGGAGCAUGGAGGAGACAUGCUCCUUACUCAAACCCAGUAAAAAUCAGUAAAAGCUAAUACAGCCUGAGAUGUUUUUUUUAUUAUGCAACUUGAGGUCACCUAACCUAGCACAGUGAAGGCAGAGGAGUGUCUGCAGGAGCAGGUGACCAGGUGUCACUGCCAGGCUCCUGAAGCUGCAGCCAAGGGUGUCACAUACCUGCCCGCAGGCUCAGCUGGGGUUUGUGUCACGGCUGAUCAUACAGCUCAUAGGUCCUGUUCGAGUUUAAAAGCUUCCACCUUUUGGCACACCACCCCUCAUCAAGAGGGGGACUUCAGUGAGUGAGUUCUGUCAGAAUUGAUCCUGGGUGAGUGUUCACUAUUAGUCAGUUGCUUAGUCUAUUUUUUUUAAAACCAGCUGGGGUACAUGCUGAUAACAAUAGUUAACUCACAGAGUCAAGAAAAUAAGUGGUCUUUGGAUUGCAGUCUGCUACUUGUGGUCAUCAAGAGAAGACACAGUAACAGCAGCAAUGCAAUCCAAAGGUAUAUCGACCCUUUAUUUUAAAUUUGUAAAUACUACAGCUGUUGUGAAAACUUCAUUUGAAGUUGGAAUGGGCAAAAAACACACUUGGGCACAUGGUUGGUAACAUUGGUCACUUGCCAUAACUAUAGCAUAUCAAAGUGUUAGACCAGUUUCUGAUAAGUUACUGUGUGGUAGAUCACAUCUUGCUUUUCGAAAUAGAAAUUUAAAAUAGUGUUUUUGGAACUGUUAUAUGGAACUUCAGUUACUGAGGGGUUUUUAUUUGGUCUAGGUUUUUUUUUUACAGCUUUGUUUUAUUCAUGUAUUCAUCAGGUUAAGCAGUUAUCUUUAAAUGCCAGUAAUUGUUCAAACGCUGGUCUGUAAAUAAAACAUGACCUUAAUAUUUUAGAAAAUGUAAACUUUGGACCUUUACCAAUAUAUUUUUUUAAAAUGUUGCUUCAUUUUGCAUUCAGUAAUAUUAGUUUGUAAACAAACUAUACAUUUUGUACCUGUGCAACAUCAGAGGAUGUGUAUUCAUUGCAUUUUAUUGGUUCUCUUGAGGAACAUGAUAAAUGACCAUUGUUAAAAUGUUUUACUGUAUAUGAUCAUAGAUAUAAAGAUAGUAGGUCCAAAAUAGGAUCUACUUUUUUUUUCUAAAUAUAUCGUCUUGCUAUGUUUUCUUAUCUGAAAUUGUGUGCACUUCUUCCUAGGUAAGUCGGGGUUAAAAGGACUGUACAAAACAGAUCUGUUAUGUUAAGAGUUCAAAAGUGUAAAAUGUGAAGAAAAUAAAUUUUCUCAAGGUCUGCUAUGAAGAAUGCAAGAAACCAUGAGCAUAAAUUACAGCAGUAAACAAUUACAUUUGGAAAAAAAAAAAUAAAUAUGAGUCACUAAAAGAGAAUGCCUGGGGAGGUACUGCAAUCUCCACUAGUGGUAACAUUCACUAAUGGGUUAGAGAAACAUCUAUUAGGAGUGGUUUAAAUAUGGUUAGUUUGGCUUUGAAGCUGAGGGAUAAACUCCAUAACCUCUCAAGAAGAUCCUCAUUGGGAUUUUUUUUUUGGAAAGUAAGAAAUAAAAAUGGAGGUCACUGGGACAGCAGACACUGGAGUGGAAAGACCGAACUCAAGUAUUAUAGUUAAAGAAAACUGCUGCUGUCUUUUGAGCACAAGUGGUCAGGCUGCAAAUUUGAGCUUGUUACAGAAAAGCAGGCUUGCAUGAGAAGACUCACAGUGGAAAGUGUGAGAGCAUUGUGUGUUACAUCAGAGUAGAUUCUGCUUUUGUUACAGCUUAUAGCUGUAAAAAUUACAGGUGUGGAGGGAUGGAGAUAUCCUUAGCUGUAUUUAUAUUGUUGUUAGAGUGUUCUAAACUAAUCUGUAUAUUCUGAAGGAAUGUGAGCCUAUAUAUUGUGGGGGUGUGUCUGUGAAGUUCAGGUAAAUUUGUCUGCAUCUUACAAUGCUACUGCUCCCAUCUCUUUCCUGGGCACCAGGAGGACAAAAUGCACAAAAGCAGGUGUGCAUCAGCUCCUAGCCAAUGAGGUUUUCCAGCGCAAUGAGCUGUGAGGUAUAAGCUGUGUCCAUUGAGGAAUGGGCACAUUUUUAUUUUUGCUUAUACAAGGGCAGCAACUUCUUUUACUGUUUGAGACAGUGGAUGAGAUUCUGUUCAAUUAAUGGAAAUUUUGCUGUUGGUUCUAUUGGGGCUAGACUAGACUAACAUUCCUUAGAAGGUUUUUUGUUUGGAUUUUUUUUAAGGGAAAAAGGAACAAAAUGAACACAUUUUGAACUGCAAUAUCUGCCUAAUUUCUCAUCCUAAUCAUAUUAGCCAUGGGUAUGCUGCUGAUUAUUUGGCAAAACUCAGUUUGGAAUCUAGAGGUCUCCACUCCUCAGCCCUUCUUUUACAUGCUACUCUUAUCAAUAUUUUUAAAAAUAUUGGAAAAUUAGGCAAAUCACAGUUGAGUGAGUACUUGUGGGGGUUUUUUUCUGCUUUAAUCUUUCAGAAAGGUUUAGACCUGGUGAUUAGAAUUUUAAAGCUUGUUUUGUGAAAAGAAAUUCCUCAUGCUCACUUCAGUAGCAAAAGUUUGAGGUCAGCUAUUUGUUCCAGUAAGCUACAGAAUGCUAAAUACUCCUCAAAAUCUUGCAAUUUAGGUAGCCAAACUGGAGUUCUUUUGAAGAUCAGGCUUCAGUUUUCUAAUAUAGAGAUUUCUUUCAUGAUUCCAUUAAAUAGGGAUACUUUAAAUGAAUAGAAUUGUGUGAAAUACAGAAUAAUAUACCAGAUUAUGUCAGAAAGUCUACUCUAAAGUUAGAGUAUACUUCUAGUGGCAGAUUAUCUUUUGUUAAGUAUUCUAUUAAUACAUACAGCCAUGGUGUUGUAGAGAAGAUAAAGCAUUUAUGAAAGAGACUACAUCAUCUACUGUGUGCAACAGAUGACUUUUCUGAAUGUAAGCAUUUACAGAUAGGUACAGGACAGGAUAAUUCUGCCCGAACAGUGAGGACAGAUCUAAGGAAUUUUCAUCUUUUUCUGUUAGUCCUUAGAUCACAGUAGUGUGCCCAGUCAGCCAGAAAUGUGAAGAUUUCAUUAAAAAUUCCAUUACAGCAGUUGGUCUGUCAUUUGUCUUCAUAUAGAUCUAAAACAAUUAUAGUAACAUUCUUAUUCAUUUCAGAACAGAUGGAAGAUUUCCAUGAAUAGAUUUGUUAAAUAUGUGUCAUAAGAAUUGAGACACCUAUUCUCAGGAAGUAUUUUUAAAUGUAAUGCAAGAAAUCUGAAAUAACUGAAUAGCUAAAAAUAGUGAUUUAUAGAGUACUGAUAUAUUUUCCAGUGUUUUUCUCUCCACUGUCCUUAUAUAUUAUUUUUAUUUGCAUGCCCUGAUCAUUUAGAUAUUUAUAGAACUCUGAAAAUUGGUGAACUUCAGUGGUUCCAAUAUGAACAGCAAUGUAACUCUUUAAAAUAUAAAUAAUAUUUUUGAAUCUGGUUAGUAGAUAUUUUUUAAUUUACUGGUAUUUUUACUAUUUAGUAGCUAAGCAUCUACUUUUUAUAGGUAAACCUGAAAAAUGUGUGGACUGUAUGAAUAAAGAUGUACUACAUCUGAUCUGUUCGGUAUAGGGGUAUCAAAAACCAUGACCAAAGCAGAACUUCUGGAUACCUGUAUCUCAGACUCUUUCUAUGAUUUUUUUAAAAGUUUAUAGUUUGAAAGCCUGAGUUUGUAAAACGAGUGGUACUAACAAGAAAUGAGAAUUCUUACUGAAUCAAAAUUCCAAAUGUAUUUUGUUUUUGAUUAUAGCCACUUUAAAGAAGUAUAAAGGACAGUACUACAUGCUACACAUUAGGCAAUAGAGCUAAAGUUGUAUUUUCAUUCAGAAAUAAAAUAAAUUCAUAGAUAUGAUGCAUUCAAUAUAGAUCAUCUUCAUGAAAUCAUUAAAACAUGAGAGGAGUUUUUCUGUUUUUUCACCAAAGGAUGAAAGUUUUUAUGUUUAGAAAAAAUGGGUUUUCUGAUGUAAACCCAUUCUGUUAAAAAUAAUAACCAAAACCACUCAAACCCUGCAGUGCUGCCACUUGCAGUUUACUGACCUCCUCCCAGUGGUCUGUGUGUACAUUUAAGUAAUCUGUAUAUGCAAGCAACAUACAGUAUUUUUGUCUUUUAAAAUAUUCUAAAGACCAAGCUUCCCUGCAUCCAAGCUUUCAUUCUUCACUAAUAGAAAUCCUUUUUUUUUCCAGAGCAGAGGGUACCACAAGCAGUGCUUACAGAACAAAACCCUGUUGUGGCAUUUCAAAUUGCUCAGACAGGAGAAUGGAGUACAGUGGAGCUCUACUAGCUCCACUGGUGGAGCUUCCACCAGGGUCAGUGGAAAAACAGCCUCAGUUUGGAGCAGCUUAAGCUAUUGUGGAGCUGCCUCCUGAGACAGCAGCUUUGUAUUUUGACUGUCAUAGUGAACUGCAAACUGUUGCUAAAUGGGGUAAUCUCGUUUUCUCUUUUUCUUUCUUUCUGUUACCUUUUGCAUGUUUCCUUCUUGUUUGUCUCAGAUUUAGCAGCUUUUGUGGCUUUAGAGUAAGUCAGUGGAGUGAUUUUACAUAAGAAAGCAAUUCAGUGCUUAUGUGAGUUAGUUUUAAAUUGAACCAAUUCAUUAGGUUUGAUCCAAAGUAAGUGGCAGGAGCACAUUGUUGGAGUUAGAAGGAAUGGAGCAGGGCUUGCCCAAUUUUGGCACCACAUUAAAUACAAAGUGGUGAAGCACAGCACAUGUUGCACGGUGCUUGUGAGGAGCUGCCAGGCAACAGAAGGGAUCAGGCACCAUUUCCUUGCAGCAUCCAUUGCUGGUAGACUUGAGGGAUUUUGAAGAGGGUGAUCUGUAUAUGUCACUUCUGCUUUUUCAGGAGGAUGGAAUUUAGAGAUUGAAGUUGUGGGGGCUAUUUUUCUCCUUUGUUGUUUAAAUUAAUCUACUCCUGUUUGCCUCUUAUUCAACAGUUCUGCACAGUCUUGAAUGGUGACAAAUUGCUCAACUUAAGGAGAAAGUGUUCUUAAUAAAAGACAAAGGUAUUUAGUUCACUGAAGGACAAAACUAGAAUCCCAAAAGUAUGAAGAAAAAAGCAUUUUCAACAUAAUUUAAUCUUUUCAAGUAUUAGAAGUAGACAAUAUUCACUUCAUAGUAACUUACAUCUAUUGUAGAUCUGGUUUAGAUACCAUGCUGGGAAAAGAAAAUAAUCCCCUUUUUUAGUUAAUGCAGAUAAUAUAUAUCCAAAGUAUAGGAAUAGAUUCUGUAUUUCACUAGGUAAUGUCAGCUAGACUGCUUUUAUCAUAAUUUAAUUUUCUCCUUUUUCAGUUUAGGGUUCUGUGGAAAAUCUAAAGUUUGAGUGAUUUUGGCUUAUUUCUACCUAUAAAUAUGAAACAGUUUAAAGGCCUGGAUAUAAAAAUCAUAGGUUUUCUUACAUUUCCACUUGGUACUUGACAAUAAUGAGUUUUAAAUGUAAUUCUUCAACUGUGUAGCUGAGGCUCUAGGAGGCAUUCUUUGUUAAGAGUGGCCUUCUUUCUGUGCAAAGUUCUUCCCUGGACAUGAGUUCUGUUUGCUGAUUUUUCUCAUGGUUCUCUAUGCUAAUUUAACAAGAAUUUUUUUUCUCAUUUGAAGUAAUAGCAUUUAAAUAUUUCCUUUUUACAAGGUGCCUUAUUAUAGCUAUUACUGGUUUUGAUGUUUUACUGAUUCAUCCACAUUCUCCAGUAACUUUUAUAAUAAGCAUGGUCCCUAUAUGCUUCCUCUUAAAAUAUAGAAUAGAACUUACACCAGGAUUUGGAGACAUAUACUUUGUAAUGCUAGUGUGAAGUUUCAGUCUUUAACUUUACAGGACUGUCCAGGAAAUCUUAUACUCCUGAAAAGCAGUAAGGUCUCUUUGACUGCUUGUAUUGGAAAGAGUUGAUUUUUCAAAACAUUUGCAUAUGUGUAUUCUCUUUGUAUUUCUGAAUGUUUUUAAUCUGAGAUCAAAUAAGCAAAAAUAAUUCAACAGUCCAUUUGAAAAGUAGGAAGGAGCAGCUCUACCCUUUUGUAUUUCAGAGGAGUUAAAGGUCUGAACAUAACUGGGCUUGGUUACUAGACUAACACUUAUCUACAAAUCUAUAUAGUAACAAUUAAAACUUACAGUUUUAAAGAGACUGACAGAUUUGCUUAUGCUGAAUUGCUUUGCAAUUCAGUCUGCACAAAAAAACCAACCUUGAAAUACAUGAAAAAUGCUUACUUUAAAAUAUCAUUGCUGCCAUCAUAAUCAGACGUUUGUUAGACACAAAUGUUUUAAUUGAAGUGAACAAUUACCCAUUUUAAGUCUUAGUCAAUGUUUUCAAACUGAAGUGUAGGUUUCAUUUUCCACUUCAAUAAUUAACUACUAUCCAGUUGUGUGACUUUCUUGCAGAUCUUCCAUUAUUUCAAGGACAUAUUAAAUUGAGUCAGACAGGAACUCUGAUUUGAUGGAUGUGAUAAAUUCUACCAGUGUAGGAUUGUCCUGUUAUAGAUGCUUUCCAGAUGGACAUAGAUUAUGCUCCCAGAAUCUUGCUGUCAUAAUUUAAAGUUUUAAAACUCUACUGGUUUUAUCCUUUCUUUUGUAUCAAAGUCGAUGUUUUCCAACUUAAUUAAAAUUCACAUAUUUCUCUUAUUUUUUCACAUUCUUUAAUUUUUAGCCAAACAUGAUAAAAUCCCCAUCCUUUUGCCUUUAUAUGACCAGUUAGGAAGCUGCAUUUUGUAUUUACCAUUUGUAUUUUAUAUUGCUGUGAUGCAGUAUAAUUUCCCUAUUCUCAGUUCUUGAACACUCUAAGCUAUUUAGUAGCCCAUUCAAAUUAUGGCUUUGGUAUUUACAUUUUACUGACAUUUUUUCUUUUCUUUGAGCAUUAAAUUAAGCAUGUGUUUUAAUAUUUAGGUUUACUUUUAUCAAAAUAUAUAAUUGAUUGAUUGAGAAUUCUAAUAGUUUUUUUUUUUAAGUCUGGAAAUCUUCAUUUAUUCUAAAGCUGACUUUUCUUCUCCUUAGCUCAUUGGCUCACUGGUCUGCCAUGGGUCAUAAAUGCUUCUCUCCAUUUAAGUUCCUUGAAAACUUGAGAAAAAGGCCUAAUUUUAUGACUUGUGUGUCAAGUUACACACACCAGUAAGCUGUGGCAUGAUCAGAGUCUUAAAACAGUUUCCAUAGAAAAAAGAAAGACACAUACAAAAACAUUAAUUUUUAAUGUAGUGAAUGUUUUGCUGAUAGGAACAGAAAAGGUUUGAAGACGAGAAUUUCACUUGAAGGAGACUUCCAGCUCAACCUCUGCAUUUUCCAUAUGGUGCAGAAUGGUAUGGCCUUGUCCAUGGAGACAAGUCACAGAAGAGUGGUUGUGUGUGAGGUCCUUUUAAACCUUUGCCUAUGGUUUCACAAUGUCUCUGCUAGAUCCAAGGUCAUUAGCCAAGGACUUGACUGAACUGAAUUCCUUGAUGUACAUAAGAAUUCUUGCAUGAUGGAAAGACUCUAAAUUUUGGGCUGUGACUCAUUCAUCUGUCUUGGUGAAGGGACUGACAACCAGCAAAGAUGUGGCAGGUGGGAACAGCGAUUACUUUGGCUUCACUGCCCAGUUGUGUAUGUAGUAAUAUUUUAGGUGAGUCAUUGAAUCUUUUAUUUAAACCUCCUGAGGUUUAUCUAGGUCAUUGUUUUUGUUGAUUGGGCGGAUUUUUUUUUGUUGUUGUUGUUGUUGUUGAUUUUUGUUGCUUUGGGUUCAGCUUCUCUAAUUUUUACUCCUCUCUAUAACAGAAAGAUACCAAUUUAUUCUUUAUGGGACUGUUUGAAGAUAAUCAUUAAUGGGUGCAAGGCAUUCAGAUGUUGUGAGGGUGGCAAUAUAAUCAGCUAGAAAUAUUACCUAGAUGGAUGUGGGUGUUUUGGGAUAUCUUUACAGGCUGUGAGAAGUCCUGGGAUGGAUGCAUCUUUGUGAUACUUUAAAGAACCCAAACAAACCAAAAAAACCACCACAAAACUGUACAGCUAUUUCUCCUAGACUCUGUCUAAAAUAUUUUCAUAGUUGUAAAUCACAGCCCUGGACUAUUAUGUAGUUUAUCAGAUUAAUUAAGAAAAAUGAAUUGACCAAUGGAUUAAAAUACUAUUGGCCACACUUAUCUUUAAUGGUAUUCACUUCUUACUGUUUUGGGAAAUGCUGCAUGUUCUUGCUUCUGGCCUACAUGGUGUCACCACUUUGGCUGCUGUGCUCCACUAUUCUUCUGAAGCACUCAUGGAAAGGUAACUGACUUUUCAUUUCAUUAUUUUUUCAGGAGAAUGGCACUUGUGUCUAUUUUUAUUUUUUCUUUUCUACCUUCCCUUUUUAUUCUCUACUUCUGUCUGUUAGAGGUACAUUAAUCAGAGAGGUACUAAAUGUUAGAUUUCCAAAUCUAGGAUCCUGGCUAUUGUGGUCCCUGCUGUACAGAUUGCAAUUUGACAUUUCAAAUAGUCAUCUAAUGUUUAGAUAUUUCUUGAUGACAACCGGUCACAAUUUCCUCUAGACAGCUUCCUUGCAGUUUCAGAUGUAAUAUCUUGCAUCUUGGCUAGUAAAGAUUUUUAUGUUAAGCUUAACUGUAAGAUUACAGUGACUGUAAUUGCUUUUUGAAGACCAUUAUGAUCUUAGACAAUAUAGCAAAAGACAUCAAAUAAUUCAAGCAGUUUCCUACUUUUCCCUCCCAAAAAUUUAGAUUUGAUUAUUAAUGUACAAGUGUGGGAAGAAAUAAAGAAAAAGGCUGAGAGAUAAUUAGUUCUCAAAGUUGGGUUAAAAAAAUUUUACAAAAUAUACUUUUGAAUGUAUUUGAUGUAAGACAUAUGAAAUCUUAUCCCUUUGUAUUAAUUUUAUUAUAGAAUGUGUUCAUUUAUGUUUAGGUGAUUCAUUCUGCAUGAUUCUUUUAGAAAAGAGUUUAAAAUACUACCUGUAAAAUAUUAGCUCUACGUUUUUGUUAACAGAACAUGGAAACCUUGCACGUCACCAGGUGGAAAGUGCUCCUUCCUGAAUAGAGAUUUACUAAGCUUCUGAACCUGUGUAACCAAAUAAUUGUUCUCAGCUCUAUUAGUAUAAAGGGCUUGCUUUGGGUCUAAAUCCACAGAACUAUGUAUAGCAUGGAUGAUUUAAUGUGACAUCAGUCAACAUGAUUUUUGUAACUGUCUAGAUAUAUUAGCUAUCUGUUAAAAAAAGUGUUAAAGUUUUUAAUGAAGUACUUUAUAAGUAAGCCAAGACAUCCUUAAAAAAGUAUUUAAAGAUACAUUAAAAAAGAAGUUUUAUGUCCACAGGUGUUAUAUGGGAAUCAGUAAUUCCUCACUUAAAGAUUAAUAAUUUAAAUUAUAUACAUGGCAAGGACUCUGUGAUUACUGAUAAAAAUUUAUGCAGAUGUUUCUGCAAGUGUUUUUGUGCUUCCUGUUUCAUACAUUUUGAUGGAACAUCUUUGAAUGUAUUGUGUUUAAUUAUAUACUCUCCUUUUUACCAAUGUG